AACCUGCAGAAGACGAGACAUAACCGAUCACCGAAAUCUCCAGAUAAGACGUCUUCGUAAUUGUCGUCUUUAGUUAAACUUUAUUUUAAAACUUUUUUUUUGCAAUGUUAUUUAGUCAGGACCUGCUGCUGUCGGUGGUGGCCGUUAUGGUGCUUACGGUGUCAUCUGAGUCCCCAGCAAACCUUCAAAAUGGCCACUCUCAUAACCGUACCUCACGGGGCCAGAACUGUGAUGAAGAUGAAUAUGAACAUAAAGGAAUAUGCUGCAAGAACUGCCCGGCAGGAAAAUACGUCACAGCGCACUGCACUAUGACCCACCAUCAUGGAUCAUGUGAACCCUGCUCUCCGGGAGACUCUUUUACUGCCUUCCCCAAUGGAAUGGAGUCGUGUUUAUCUUGUCUCACCUGUACACCUGAUAAAGUCGUGGUGAAGGAGUGUACCCCAUCAUCUGAUGCAAUAUGUGAAUGCAAACCUGGUUAUUAUUGUAGUCCAGACGAACCCUGCGAAAUCUGUAACCGCUGUUCAAGAUGUGGUAAAGGUCAACAUAUAAAGAAGGAAUGUACCGCAACUUCAAACACAGUCUGCGAAGACGACUCUGCACCAGGACCUACCUCAACCAAAGCCAACGUGAAGGACGAGCAGACCGUGCCGACCGAGCCUCCGGAUGACUCCGCAACAUCCAGAACCGUGCCGACCGAGCCUCCUGAUGACUCCGCAACAUCCGGAACCGUCAUAGCUACAACAAUACCCAUUGCGGUCCUCCUCCUAUUCGUCCUAAUAGUUGGAUUCUUUGUUUGCAAAAGAAUUUAUAAAGAUAAUGGCAAGAACUCGCUCAUUGACACCGCGCAGAACACCAGUGUGAACACUUCACUAGACUCCGUCAGGACUGAAGGCAACGAUUUCAAGGAACGUUUACCGGAACGCCAGUGUCUCAUGACUGCCGAACAUAUGAAAGUUGAACAUCAAGUGAAUCUGUUGGCGAUGCCCUAUGAACCAGUAGCUCAGAGCGAACCGGUGGACAACAACUGUGCCGAGCCACAAGAGGGCGACGAGGAGGAUGAAGAAACCCCACAGCUGGGAGCACUGUGUAAAGACUGUCACAACCCACAACCAUGUGAUCAGCAGUGGUCGACCUUUUUUUACAUAAUCAUUGAAAAUGUUGGCGUGGAGCGCAGAGUGGAGCACGCCCGAAAGCUGCACCUCAGUAAAGCUGCGAUAGAACAAACUUUAAAUGACAAUCAAAAUAACUGUAGAGAACAAUACUAUAAGCUCCUUGAGCUGUGGAGAUAUCAAAGGGGCGCGCAGGCCUCUAUGAAUGCCAUUCUGGGUGUGCUGGGGGACAUGGAUCUGCGUGGCUGUUGUGAAAAUAUUAUUAAUAAUUUAAGAGCUAAAAAAGUUCCAAUCAAUUAGUAGAAAUAGGUUUUUUUUUUUGGCUGGAUUGUCUCGGACCAGAAACCCUCCAUGUUCUUUGGCUUGACAUGACACGGCCACUUAAAUUGCAAAAAGAACCAGGUACAUGAAUAUGGCUUCUUAACUCUGUACCACACCUUCUCAUGGCGGAAGAAAAGGGCUUUUAAGUCUAAACUCCUCCUUUUCUAAUGGUGCCCUGAAUGGCAACUUACUGCGCCAGGAAGCAGAAGCGACUUACUAUUCCUGAUCCUGUUGUUUUUAGUAUACAUGAGUUUUGAAGGAAUUGUGUGAACUACAUAUAACGUUAUUGAUGUUGUAAAUUGGCUUCUGUGACUUUAAUUUUCCUGGGCGCUAGCUGUAAGCAGCCCCACCCCUUAACCUUGUUAAGCCCCACCCCUGCUUAUGUCACUCAUUGCUCCCUGUAGAUUAUUAUUGCCCAUUUUUAUUGGGCUGAUAGUAGGGGGCAAAUAAAUGUGACGAAAUGACAGAAGGGAAAACAAAAACAUUGAAGAAGCACUCCGGGACGUUUUUUCUUUAGCUUGUAUAGAGCCGCAUAGGCUGUUAUCAGAGAAUAAUGCUCUAAUGUACAGCUUGUGCUUACCUGUUUCAGCUGAUACAUUUUCAGCCAUACUGAUUACAAUUUCAUUACUGAAAUUUUUUUUCUAAAGCUGCCUACGUUUCUUGUGAAUCCACUGUCUUUGCAGAGAGAGGGUGUGGAGUCUCAUCACCGCACCUGGUCAUCUAAUCAUCCUGAUGGUACUGGAAAUCACUCCAAUUCAUUAGACUCAUAAGUGGGUUGUGCCAGUUCCCAUUAUGGGCAGUUUUGAUGCUUUUUCUUAUUCAAAAUGAGCCACAGUUGAGUGGUUUUAUGAAGAUUUAACUUUUUUACUGCAUUUUGUCUGUUUUAGCUGUGGUUUUCCAAAAUCUCAGUUGGAAUUUGCGCAAAUUUGGUAAAAUAUUAUCAUUUAUACCACAAUUUUGGAAAAACACCACAAAAGGAAGAAAAUGCAGCAAAAAUGCAAUGUGUGAACACAUCCUCAGGAGAGGUGUACAAAUACUAUAUAUCCUGAUCCCAUAAUGAUAGCAGCAGUAUACAGAUAGAGCAGGAGGGGAGGUGUAUAACUUCUACAUAUCCUGAUCCCAUAGAGAUAGCAGCAGUAGCAGUAUACAGAUAGAGCUGGAGGGGGAGGUGUAUGACUACUAUAUAUCCUGAUCCCAUAGAGAUAGGAGAAGCAGUAUACAGAACUAGGAGGGGAGGUAUCUGAACAGCCAGAAGAGAUCUCGUAGAUGAUGAUGAUGUCAUAAGUCAUCUGACCCAGGACUGACCACUUCCUUUGAUACAUGAAUCACUGUGAUUUUAUGUGGGAUUGGUUUGUGAUCACAUGACCCAGUUAUAGUAAUGAAUGUAGCUGUGCUGGAAUGAAACAGAUGGUGCUGUAGGACCUGGAGUGCUUCUUUAAGAUGUUAUAGGGAACUUUUAUUGUAUUCUUAGAAUCUUGCAUUAUAUUUUUAGUAUACUGUUUGUUCUUGAUGUCAGGGAUCAAUGAAGUAUUUUAUACAAUAGCCUAUAUUUUUUGUAAAAAACUUUUUUUUAUAGUGUUUUUUUAUGAAUUCAAGGCUUAAAGGGAAACUUUCUCUUUUUUUUACUGAAAAUAGCUUAAAAAAAAAAAAGCUUUAUGGCAGGAAUACAUUGCAUGAUGCAAUACCACUUUUGGUGAAUUUUGUGGUUGGUGUCAGUGGGAAACUACAUUAUUUCAAGCCUCGAAAGGUCCUUAAAGAAAGUAGUGUCCGAGAUGUAGUGUUAUUUGGAGCACUAUUAUGUUUUCAAGAUGCUACGUUAUAGGCAUACAGUAUAUCACACUCAUAGUAUGUAUAGUUAUGUGUGUCUGUAUAAUAAAUGUAUAGGAUUACGCUUUUAUACUGCACUGAAUUAAAGGGGAAAUGUCCACCAAUGAGCUAUGGAAAUCAGAGGGGUAAUUGGUGCCGCAGUUCAUAAUCUGUUUCAGGGCCCCCAUCCCUUCCAUGUGGCAUUUACCGCUUUGAGGCCUGGAUGCCACUGCUACUGCUGCGCCCUAUAUAGCAGUGGCCUCAAACUGUGGCCCUCCAGAUGUUGCAAAACUUCAACUCCCAGCAUGCCCGG